AUGAUUCAAAUGAAAAAAUUGGAAAAAACUGUUUUGUUGGAUGAAAAAUGCUUCGGCUUAGGUGGAUGUGGCCUCUUUGGUAGUUCUUGUUGCUUUGGUUUUGGUGGUUAUGGAGCUUUUGGUGGUCCAUUUUGCGCUCGUGCAAAGGCAUCGAAAACAAUUUCUUUCUCGGCAAAAUCGAGAAAUGUUCAGAAGUUUUCUGUGUAUGAUGAUGAAUUAAUUGCUGCUUCUGUUAUGACUCCAGAUGAGGAAUUUCUGGAAUGUUGCAAGAAUGGUGGCUUAUCUGAAAAAUGUUUCGAUAUAUGUUCUUUCAGUAACUAUACGAAAAACGGUCUAUUGGGGAUGUUCUUUGGAAUAAAAUCAUGUCCUAUUCGAGCGGCCAACCAAAUUCAUUUCUGUGCAACUCGUGGUUUGGAUCAUAGGGAGUGUUGUUUUAAGAAUGGUAUCACAACAACGUUGGCUGGUCGAAAAUGCUUAAUUUUUUGCGAUGAGGUCGCAAUUUUUUUAUGCUUUUGA